AUGUGCGGUGCCGAUUGCUUCCUGAUGCUCCUCAGCGUCCUCUUUCCACCCAUCGGAGUCUGGGUCAAACGCGGCGUCUGCUCCGGCGACUCCCUAAUCAACAUUGCGCUCUGCUGUCUUGGUCUCCUCCCCGGCCUGCUCCACGCCUGGUACAUCAUCCUGCAGAACCCCGAUCCAAAUGACGGCUACGGCCAAGUUCCCGACCACGAAGGCGGACGACAGGGCACUACGUACUAUGUCGUCUCACACACAGGGCCUGCGCGCCAACAGGGAGGCAUGAACUACGGAACCGUGCCGCAGCAACAGCCAAGUGGUGGGCAGUUCCCGGGUCAGCAGAGUGGAGUGACAAACCAGAACGCGCCGAAGAAGAGCGGAAAGAGCGCAAAGGGUCCUGGGAAUGCGCCGCAGCACUUGGGUGGGGAGGGUAGCAGCUCUCAGCAGCCUGAGGGUCCGCCACCGACCUAUGCGGACGUGAUCAAGGGUGACCACAAGGUGCAGGACCCGUAG